GAGUGAUGAUGGGGUUGAGGAUGGCCAAAGUUGUGAAGGUUGCAUGCGUUCCAUCUCUACUUCAUUUUACUCUUGUGCACAAUGUAAUUUCUUUCUCUGUAACUGCUGUGUUCAUGAGUUACCCAAGAAGGUGCGUCACUGGACUUGCAUGCAUUUAAGAGAACUCUUUUUCUAUUCCAUUUUUUAUUGUGACUAUUGCCGGUUUUGGAGUAGUGGAUUUGGCUACAAUUGUAAUGCAUGCAGGGAGAUUAUGUGCAUCCGGUGUCAUGAAAUUCCCGACGCUCGUAUUGUAAAUAUAGAAGGACAGGAGCACUUCCUUUUCUUUGGCCACAAAUACAAAGAAAAAUGUUGUGGUUGUCAUGAUGAUGAUUUUUAUCGAGACAGUUUUAGAUGCAAGGACAAGAAAUGCAAUUUGGUGUUGGAUUAUAGAUGCCUUGUGCUACCACAAACAGCUCGGUACAAAUAUGACGAGCAUGCUCUCAAGCUUACUUAUCGUGAUGAUCAUGAUCUAAGUCAAUGUUAUUGUGACAUAUGUGAAGAAACCAGAGAUCCGAAGCAGUGGUUUUAUCAUUGUGCCUAUUGCGAUGUUUCUGCUCAUCCUAAUUGUGUGCUUUGGAAAUCCCCUUUUGUCAAGCUCGGGAAACCAUUCCGGAUUGAUGUUCACGAACACCCUGUCACUUUGGUGAAGAUAGAUUUUUAUCCUCCUAGAUGCAACGACUGUGGUGAGCCUUGUAGAGAUGUUCUAUCCAUUCAAUGCACAGAGCCAGAUUGCACCUACAUAUUCCACUGGGGCUGCUACUGGAGUCGUGAAUAUUCUUCGGUUUGGUGUCUUCUACAUAGAGACUAAAGAGCUAACAUUGGUAUUGUUCUUCUGAUAUUAAUUAUGUCUCUUAUGAAGGUAGACGAAAAUGAGAUAUCUCAUUUGCACUUUAUUUUGUUUUCGACUGACUUUUUAAGUUUAGUUUGAUCUUCUAGCUGUUGGUUAAUGUGGUCGGACUGUAACUUGUUUGUUUCUACCAAAUAUGUGAUAUGACUAUUGUUUGAAUUUUGAAUGUAUUGCUUUAAAUGGUUGUUUUUUCUUAUCAAUAAUUCGGUUGUCUUUGU